UUCGUGUUGCAGGGAUAUAAUUUAUGUGUGUUGGUGUUUGAUGUGAAGGGAUUGAAAAUGUUGGGAAGCUUGCUAACCAGAAUUCUUAUAGUGUUUCUUGGGUAUGCAUACCCAGCAUUUGAGUGCUACAAAACAGUGGAGAAGAACAGAGUUGAGAUUCAAGAACUCCGGCUUUGGUGUCAAUACUGGAUAAUUGUGGCAAUGCUCACAGUUCUUGAGAGGGUUGGAGAUGUAUUCAUCUCAUGGUUGCCCAUGUAUGAUGAAGGGAAGGUGGCCCUUUUUAUAUACCUAUGGUGUUCAAAGACCAAGGAAACUUUCUUUGUGUACAAGACCUUCCUGAGGCCAUAUGUAGCAAAGUAUGAGACAGACAUAGACAGGAAGGUGCUGGAGAUGCGAGCAAGAGCCUGGGAUUUGACGGUACUCUACUGGCAGAACUUCGCCGAAUAUGGCCACGCUGCUUUUCUCCAGGCCCUUCGGUACAUGACUGCUAGCUAAGCCUGGCAUUUUCAACCCAAACCGUUAACCUGAUCCGAUCCGACCCGUUAAAAUUAGUAUUCGGGUAGGUGAUAAAUAGGUCGGGUGAUUAACGGGUCUACGCGUUAAUCACUUGUUAAAUAACGGGUCAGAUUAGGUGAACCCGCGAAACCCGUUAACACCCGUUAGUAAGGACUUUUGUGUAAUUUCAAUGGUUUCCAAAACCCUCAGGUUGCUAAUUUUCCACCACCCAAAACAUCGUUUCCAACUUUCCACCACCAAGAACAGCAAGACCAACUUAUCUUCUCCCUCAUCUCCCGCAUCGAAGCCCUCGAAGCCUCCCUCCACCACUACUCCUCCUCCUCCCACCAUUCCCACUCUUCGUACUCGCGGUCUCUCAGAGUGAUUCAAACCCACUACUCCUCCUCCUCCUCCCACCAUUCCCGCAUCGAAGCCCGAGUGAUUCAAACCCACUUCUUUGGUUUCUGACAGGCAGAGAUGAAGGUGGUCGCUGCAUACUUGUUGGUUGUGUUGGGCGGAAAGACCACCCCUACCGCCGAAGAUCUCAAGGACAUCCCUGGCUCCGGUAAUUUUCCUUUUGCCUUACUGUGAUUUUGUUGCUCCUUCUGUUUAUAACCCUAAUUAUUAACCGCAUCAAAGAUUGUGACCUUUUGGUUUCGUAGUGCGAUAUCGCACCUUGAUUUGUAAAUCCCAUGUCUGUAUUUGUAUUUUCUAUGUGGGUUUAGGGUUUAGGGUUUCGGGAUAUGUUAUCUUUCGGUGUUGAAUUCUGACGAUAAUGAUUGCCUUUUCUGCAUUACUGUAUGUACAACGGGAUAUGUACGAA